AUGUAUGCUCUUGAAAAGGUAAGAACCAGCGUGAAGGUUAUCUUUCAUCUUUUGCAAAUUACUGUCAUCCUCUCAGGUGUGCUGACCCUCCUCACAGUUUACUUGCUAUUUGUAAGACCUGACUCACUCAUUCCAAUACCUCCAAAAUAUCUCUUUCCUAUUACAUCCAUAGGCAUUCUUUCGAUCAUUAACGGAUUUAUUGGAUUCAACUGUCUUAACUCAGAGAGGAAGACAAAGGUGUUCCUCUUUGUUCUUACACUUUCAGCGCUUAUGAAUAUCCAGAUCAUAUUAGCCAUAUCAUCCAAUAGAAUACUUGACAAAAGAGUGUUGUGGAUGAACGAACGGUGGAAUGCCCUUUCGGCUGUGCAGAAGGAAUAUGUUCAAAGGAAAUUCCAGUGCUGUGGCCUUGAGACAACAAGCGACAGGUCCACGCCCAGAUGUAAGUUCAAUGUUCCUUGUUCAUCAGUCUUAGAAAGCGUGCUCAGGACUCUUAGGAACACUUCACAGCUAGUUUUGGUUUAUAUGUUUUUUAUUGAAACAUUGAGUUUGUGUACGUUAAGUUUUCUAAAGUUUAUUAAAUAA